CACAUCCGCUUGGUCUGCCGGUCUCUCCAGAAAGUUCUCCACCACCAGCUGCUAUAUAAGAAACCGAAGGUGUUUCGCGAGCUAGUCUGGUGAGAAACCAUCGCUGGAGUCAAGUCUCAUCCAUAAACAGGAACUGUUCAAAUUUCACCAUGGUUCAUGAAACCGGCUUCUACGACCUGCUGGGCGUGAGCCCCAAAUCCUCCCCGGACGAGAUCAAGAAAGCGUACAGAAAACUGGCCCUCAAGUAUCACCCCGACAAGAAUCCCAGCGAAGGAGAACGAUUCAAGCUCAUUUCCCAGGCCUACGAGGUGCUAUCCGACCCAAAAAAGAGAGACCUGUAUGACCAAGGAGGGGAGCAAGCCAUCAAAGAAGGCGGGAUGGGCGGAGGGUCUUCCCCGAUGGACAUUUUCAACAUGUUUUUUGGUGGCGGCGGCCGCAUGCAGAGGGAGAGAAAAGGAAAGAAUCUAGUUCACCAGCUCAGUGUCACUCUGGAGGAGAUGUACAACGGCGCCACUAGGAAACUUGCCCUUCAGAAGAACAUGGUCUGUGAGAAGUGUGAAGGUUACGGAGGCAAGAAAGGCACCUUGGAGAAGUGUUCCACGUGCAAGGGCCGAGGGGUGCAGAUCCGUGUGCAGCAGCUGGGACCCGGCAUGAUCCAACAGAUCCAGAGCAUGUGCUCAGACUGCCAGGGUCAGGGCGAGUCCUUCAGCGCCAAGGACCGCUGCAAAACCUGCAACGGACACAAGGUGGAGCGCAAGAAGAAGAUUCUGGAGGUUCACAUCGACAAAGGGAUGAAAGACGGCCAGAGAAUCACCUUCCACGGCGAGGGAGACCAGGAGCCAGGGCUGGAGCCCGGGGACGUCAUCAUCGUGCUGGAUUCCAAGGACCACCCUGUUUACCAGCGGCGUGACGACAAUUUGAUGAUGAAGAUGGAGAUCAAGCUGGUGGAGGCCCUGUGUGGUCUGAAGAAGACCAUCCAGACGCUGGACAACAGGACACUGGUCAUCACCGCACAGCCAGGUGAGGUCAUCAAGCCCAACGACAUCAAGUGUGUCCAGAACGAGGGAAUGCCCAUUUACAGGAACCCCUACGAGAAGGGUCAACUUCUCAUCCAGUUCCAGGUGGCAUUCCCAGAAAAACACUGGCUCCCCGAACAUCUCAUGUACCAGCUGGAACGACUGCUUCCCACCAGGGAAGACGUGAUGGUCACCGACGACGCGGAAGAGGUGGAUCUGUGCGAGGUGGAACCGUGGUCCGAGCAGCGCAGCUACAGCAGAGAGGCGUACGAUGAGGACGAGGAGGGUCCCAGGACGGGCGUGCAGUGUCAGACGCAGUGAUCCGAGCCUCCCGCUGUCGUCCGACCCUGGUGCUGCUCUGGUGCGUGUGUGUAUGUGGUGAUGACGGAGAAUCUUGUUCACCGUUUCUAAACUUUUGUCCGUUUCUACUUCUAUUUAUAAUCCACUUGUUUCCUAAAACUGUAAAGGACCAUUCGUAUGCUUUCUGUGAAGGUGACGAGUCGUGACAGGUGCCUAUUUUUAAAUAAAAAUGCAACACUUCCA